AUGGCAGCUGCAAGUCCGACUGGAUCAAAGCAGGGCACGGAUAAGAAAUGUGACAUUUGUGACGCGACUUUUAGCAGACAAGAGCACCUUGUGAGACAUACCAGGAGCCAUACUCGCGAGAGGCCCUUUCAGUGCCUUGUUUGCGGAAAAGGAUUCGCUCGCCAGGAUGUCUUGAAUCGCCACCACACGUCUCAUGAACAGGAUUGCGAAGAACCAAGUGUUGUAACACGUUCCAGAGCAUGCAGACAAUGUGCCACAAGCCGGGCUCGCUGCUCUCGGAGUGACCCGUGUAGACGAUGCCUUCAACGCAAUUUGACUUGCGUCUUUCCCACAACUCGGAAGUCCAAGGCCACAGCAAUCAUCGACACGAGAGCGGAGAUUGAUAACGAGCCACAAUAUUCGAGUUUGGACGCAGCUCACCGAACAGCUGAGGGACAGGCUGAAGAAGAGACACCACUACUUCCAACUGCACCUGCGGUUUCGGUGGACAUGAACAAUUACAAUGCCGAGGGAACAAAUGGCAAUCAUUUAUCAUCCAGUUCCAACGUUUGGAACCAGCAGCCAGCCAUGUUUGAGCUUUGUCAGGCUGCGGGGUCUAGAUACCACAGCGCCCAGCGUAUCUACGAGUUCGGUUCCAUCUCAGGCUUUAAUGAGCAAACCCUAGACCUUCUCUCUAUGAAUUGGAUGUCUCCGGAACAAUCUGCUUCGCUCGGGUGGGAUGGGCUUGUUUCUGUACCUCCAUAUGCUGAGAAUGACAAGAACGAUCUCUAUCUGCCCUUUUUCUUCUCCAACUCGGGAGCUGUGCCCAAUCCUAGCCAACAAUGCAUUCCACGGACCAAUGCACAGGCGCCUAGUAUUAGUCAACCUGAUACCAGUCUCAACAGCAUUGGCCAUUCAACAAACUCCUGUAACAGAUCUGGCUUGGAAACCGUCAAAUCGACGGCUGGAAGCUACUAUGUAGACGGAGAUGGUUCCCGAGCGCCCUUUGGCGGCCAAGUUGCCCGAAAAUGGAGGAGACGACCUAUGACUGGUGUUAACAAUGCAUCAACGCCAGGGAGCAACGCAACGAACUACACAGAUGGCGAAGCUAAUGGCCGAUGGGAGGACAACUUGGUGAGUGUGGAAAGCUAUGAGAACAUGAUACGACACCUACACCUCGAACUAGGCAAACAGAAUGUGAUGAUGGAUGCCAGCACGCUCCCCUCUCUAGAGUGCAUUGCUCAUUGUGUCCAAUCUUAUUUUGCGAAUUUCCAUCCCACAUUUUCUUUCAUCCGCAAAGCGGCAUUCUUGGAACAUUCAAGCAAUGACUGGAUACUUCUCCUUGCUGUUGCGGUCGUUGGGUCUAAAUACACAACGUAUGAUGAUGAUGAGCGAUUACAUGUACUUGGCUCAGAGUUUAUAGCCGUGCUAGACAGCAUGUCUAUCAGCCGCCUGUGCUACGACCGACUAACAGAAGCUACAGUCUCUUCAACAUCAUCCUUUGGGGAGUUAGGAAAUAGCGAAAUUGGCCUUGGCGCCCUGCAGGCGGCGACGCUCUUUUUGAUCUACUCGCUGCAUAGAGGCAAGCCGGAUAUGACAAGGCGCGCUCUACUGGAACGGAACUACCUCAUUGGAGAAUGUAAAGAACUAAGGCUGCUAUCUAGAGACUCUGAGGAAGGACAUAACCAUCACGAUGGUGAUAAUGUCGCCCAGAGCUGGUUAACGAACCAGUCCCGCAUCAGGGUUGUCUUGAUGAUAUGGUUGCUCGACGCUAUGGUCUCGUACGAGUUCAAUACAGCUCCACUGAUGCAAUUGGCAGAUGCAAAGGUCUCUUUGCCUUGCCAAGAUCACAUCUGGGAGCUUCCAUCAAUGGAACAGGUUGCUGCAGAGCAGAAAUCAUCUGUCACCCUGCUGGAUGCGAUUGAGAUGUUGUAUAUCGAGAAGAAACUCCCAGAAAGCCUAAGCGAUUUCAGUAACAUUCUAAUCAUUCAUGGAAUCUGGCGAAGGACCAAGGAAGUCAUUAUCCAGCACCAGACUCGGCUGGCGAACUGGACUCCCAGCGCUACACUUCAACUACGCGAAGUCCAGCCAAGCUCGUUGGCAGAAACCUGGCCCCCGUCAAAUCCAACACUGUCAAAGUGGCGCAAUAGCGCGUGUGACUGUCUCGAUAUAUUACACUGGAGAGCUAAUAGCAAAGCUGCCGGUGCCGGGGGAUUAGAACACCCUACCAUCAUGUAUCUGCAUUUAUCUCGGCUUGUCUUACUUACGCCUGUAGCACAAAUCCAAACUUUGGCAACUAACUCCAGCAACGGAAACGCUUCAAAUAUCGCCCUCAAUCGGAGAUACACAGACGCAAGCAACUGUGUGCUUAAAUGGGCCAUGAAUGACUCCUUCAAGGCCAGGCUAGCCAUCAUUCACGCUGGUUCACUAUUUUGGCAUAUACGGCGGUACUCAAGGAGAGGCUUUUUAGAGCCCUUUGCAAUAUACACGGCCACACUCGUCAUCUGGGCGUAUAGUGUCUCGGUACAGUUUGCAAAGCAGCAAGAAGAGCUUCAAGCUGCGCCCUCGCCUGAAACCGAGCACCCCACGACAUCUGCAGAGGAUGAGGAACUAUAUUCGGAACUCAAUAUUAUCUACAUAGACCGACCGUGCGACGAUGAGAUGGUGCAGCUGUACCUUCGUCACGGUGAUAAGAUGUCUGCACAUAUGGCAAGGGUUGGCGUUAUUACAGAGGCCUCUGCCUCAAGCAGGAUUCUCCGAGAAGGUAUCCGACUUCUUGAAAAUGGGGCAUGGGAAGUAGACGGGGUUUAUAUGGAGGUGCUGACCUCCCUGGUCCAAGCAAUGGAGCAGAGGUCGACAUAA